AUGCUAUUUAAUAGUAUCAUGAUAAAACACGUUAUGACAUUAAUUCUAUGGUGGUAUCUGGUAACUGCCGAUUUUGAAUACGACUUGCAGAUGGUUGUGCUCACACAUAGCUGUGAGCCGGAAUGCACUUUCAAUUAUUCUGAAGUAACAUCAGAAACCAUAAACUUUUUACCUGGAUCCGAGUGCGGAAUUGUAUGUGGAAUUCUAACUUUCAAUUCCAGAACUGAUCUAUCAAUAUCACAAUUGACUAAAGCAUUCGAGUUUAUGACAAUUUUCUAUGGAGGUCUUAUAUUUGAUAAUACCAGUUUCACGAAUUUUACGUUUUUCCCAAAAAACGACGUGUCCGGUCAGUUUGAGUUCGCGUGCUACACAUUUGGACUAACCGUUGUUAACAAUUCCCAACUUUCGGAUACAACAUUUUUCUUAGACAUCGCAUAUAUGAAAGACAAGCACACUUUUACAUGCCCAUUUUUAUUUGAAAAUAAUCCACAACUAGAUACAAACAAUUUUUGCAAUAAAACAGAUAUGAUUGGAUUGAAGUCAGUUGGGAACUUGAAGGAUUGCGGGUGCCGUGGUGACGAGAAAACGUCUGAAAGCAUUGGGACAUUACGGAAUUGCUCAGUUAUAUAUGAUUUCAGCCUUUCCAAUAUAUCUGAUUCUGUCGACGAUUUAUCGGUUCUGUCUGGAAUUACAGAUGUUCAUGGAGAUAUGGAAAUUAAAAUGUCAAACAUUCAGAAUCUAUCAUUCUUUAAUAAUUUAAAAGAGAUUAGAUCACAUCAUAAUCUGAUGGAAGAGACUAUCACUUUGAAUAUACACGAGAAUUCAGAAAUGAGAAGACUCGAUCUACCAGCUUUGAAGGAAAUGUCUUCCUCCCAAUGGCUUCCGGUUAUUAUCAAUUUAGAAAAUUUACACCCAGAUUUCUGUCUAACACAUUCGGAGGUUAUGUGGUUUCUUCUUAAGAAAAUAUCGUUUUCGAAUAUUCACUCUAAACUGUGCCAAACUCCUUAUAUUCCAAAAGGAUUAGAUACCUUUUGUAAUUCAUCAAGACUUGAAGAUUCACAAAAUCAUUGUACCAUUAUUAAUGGUAGUCUUAUAAUAGAAAAUGGUGAUGAACAAUAUGUUAGUAAGCUAUCCAAUUUGGAAUAUUUAUUUGGUUCAUUGACAAUUCAAAACACAACAUUGAAGAAUCUUGAUUUUCUAAGAAGAUUGAAAUACAUUGCAUUGUUUGAAGAUGAAUAUGUUAUUCAAAUUGUAUCAAACAUGGAUCUGGAAAAAGCCAAUAUUCCUCGAUUAUCGAACAUAAUAUCAAAAUCAAAUCGUACUGUGGUUGUACACAAUAAUCCAUUACUACUCAAGCCAAAACGUUUUCCAUUUCAAGUUACAUAUGCUACGAACGUUGUAUUUAUAGGAGAUUAUUAUGCAAAUUCCUCAUCAGUUUCUUGUUUUAUGUCUCGUUUUAUUUUUGGCAUGUGUUUUAUCGAAAUAAUAAAACUUGUGCUAAAUCUCCCAAUAAAAUAUCGCCAGUUUCUUGUUUUCAGGUCCGUUUUUGGAAAACCGUUGUAA